UGACUUUAACUCGAUUGGAUUAGCCGCUGGAAGUGGCGCGGAGACUCCGGAGGUGAAGAGGGGAGAGAAGAACGGGAGUUGCCGGGCGGAACGGGAGAGGAGAGACGGCGAGGAUCCAGGGGAAGACCUGCGCUUUGUGAGCCAAGGCAGCACCCGAGGCUGGUUCCUGUGUGCGGCAGAGAGACGCUACCCCGGUCGGCUGUGAGAGGAAAGUUCUGGGGAGGAAACGGCCCGCGCCUGCCGGCCUUUUCAAAAGACAAACUGCGAGCGACGAGCCUGCAUCGGUCUGCCUCGGUCUGGGCGGCGUUUCUGGACGGAGCGGAGGAGACCGUCUACUCAUCAGGUUGGACCCAUCUCGUUGUGAAUUCAUGUCUGCAGAGGAGUGAGUACUCCUGCUCAAAGAACCGCCCUAUUAACUUCUACUGUCCGAGAUUACUCCUGCUCAAAGAACCGCCCUAUUAACUUCUACUGUGAGUGAGUACUCUUGUCCGAGUAGCCGCCAUCUUGUCUUAUACUGUGCGGAAGUCCGCCGCUGCGCUCUCCUCACCUACCGGUCUACCCGGGUAACUGUUAUAUUAGCCGGCUUUUUCUUUUCUUUGUUCGGUUAGCAGUAUUAAUUGAACGUGGGCCCACUUCACCUGUCUGUUGAACUUGUAAAAUCUGUUAUGAGUUAUCUUAAGCUAAUAACUUUUCUCCGGUAAGUCGCUGCCCUAUUUUCCCAGACGACACUCCUCUGACUCUCUGACCUGGUACCUGGAUGCUGGACGUGACGUCACUUUCAAGCCCGCGCUCUCGCGACGUUAACGUCGUAUUAACCCGACGUAUCAAAGAGUAGAGACUGAGAACAAGAUAAUUAUCUGUAGUUUACCUGAGUGCCCAACCCAGUGCAGCACUCUGCUGUGAAGGUGGAGACAUGCAGCGGUGGUGUAUGAGCGACAAUAAAAAAAAUAAAUAAAUAAAAAGAAAAGAAAGAAAUUUGAAGGAGUGGCGGUCCAUCGCUGCUGAAUGAAUGUAGAGGAAACGCUGACUAAUAACGUGUGUGAAAAGUUUGUGCGCUGCAGUUAAUUGUUAACCUGCUGUGAGACCAAAUAGAGGAAGCUCGGGGGUGCAGUCUGCAGAGAAUAAACCGCUUCUACUAUCACGUCAUAAACCAUAAAUUUCCUGCUCAUCGGUUCAUUUCCUGGUCAGCCUCUGACUGUAGGUUUAUUCCUGCUGCUUCUCUCAUAGAGUUUAUUUUGUCGUCUGAUCUGUACCUUUCCAGCCUUUUUUAUUGAACUCUCCUGUUCUUGACCUCCUGUUGUUCCUGAACUUUUGCUGCUGUAUUUUUUCCUCGUGUCUUUGGCUGCCUGUUGCAGGUCUGUGUCUCUCUACUGACGUCUCCCUCCUGAACUCCUCACCUGCUCUGGUCUGCAUUACCUUCAAUAUCAGUUCCUGUUCUUGGUCAUGGAUGACUUUGUUUGUAACAAACUGACUGAAUGGGGUCUCAGUGAGCUCAUUGAUAGAUUUAAAGAUCAUAGCAUGGACAAGGAGAGUCUGUAUGAUCUUGAUGAUCAAGACAUUAAAGAUUUGAUCCCAGAAGUGGGACCAAGAGCAAAAUUCAAGAAGAGACUCAGGCAGUUAAAGGAAGAACAAAACUUAAAUCAGGCAGCAGCUGAUUCUCCUGUUCCAAGUCAACAGAAGCAUGAAGAAGCAGCUGAUUCAGUUCAGGUUUUGCCAUCAACAAGUGCUCAAGGAAAGAGAAAGUUGGAUCUUCAGGGAGAAUCCAGCAAAUGGAAAUCACCAAAUAAACGACAACGUGAAAAUGAAAGGCAAUCAUACACAGAAGCAGUCAUAUUGUCUGAUGUGAAAAACAUCAUGGGAUCAGUCCUUGCAAGACUUCAUCACCAAGACAACACAAAGCUCAAUGCUUUCCUGAGGACUAAAAUCCAUGAUUUGGAGACAGACAAGAGGGAACUGGUCGGUGUCUUUGGUAAAACUGGGGCUGGAAAGAGCUCUUUGAUAAAUGCCAUCAUUGGAGAGAAAGAUCUGUUGCCCUCUGGAAGUGUCACUGCCUGUACCUCAGUCAUGAUUAAAGUGGAGGCAAACAUACGCAACUCAAUGUACGAAGCAGACAUCGAGUUCAUUACACCUGAGUUUCUGGGAGAUAAAGCACAUCAGGACGACGACGAUGAUGACAAUGAUGAUGAUGAUGAUGAUGAAGAUUAUCGUGACAUUACUGAAAAGCUGUCAGCGCUGUAUGGAGAUGAAUGGAAACACAAAACCCCUGAAGUCCUCAUGGACAACAAAUAUUUCAGAGAAAUUCUAUACCUUCUCCAGUCCAAGAAGAAGACUUUGACAUGUGAAUCAGCCAAAGAGCUUUCUGCAAGAUUAGUCAAAUACACAAGAAGUGCCUCCAGUGACGGAGAAGGUAAAGAAGGAACGAGGUGUUUUUGGCCACUGGUGAAGUGUGUGACUGUCAAGGUGCCAAAUAAUGAUCUUCUCCAACACGUCACACUGGUGGACCUUCCUGGAAACGGAGACCGGAACAAGAGCAGAGACAAAAUGUGGAAAGAGAUUGUUGGAGAUUGUUCUACUGUGUGGAUCGUGACUGAAAUCAAUCGAGCAGCAUCAGAAAAAGAACCCUGGGAGAUCUUGACGAAUACCUGCAGCCUCAUGGGAAAUGGUGGCCAGUGUCGGCAAAUUCACUUUAUCUGCACCAAGUCUGAUCGUGUUGAAGAUCCAGAUGAUCAUCCAGCAGCUGAUGUUCAUGCUCGCAUAUUUCAAAGAAACAUGAAAGUCAAGGAAGCUGUAAGGAAAGAAUUCCACAAACUAAACAAAGUUAAGAAACACUUCCAAGAUGACUGCCUCGAGGUGUUCACAGUGAGCUCCAAAGAGUUCCUGAAAAGAAAACGUCUAAAUCCGGAGGACACUGAAAUACCAAAACUACAGGAUUUUUUGCAAACUCUCAAUGACCGUCACUCAGAGACAUUAAACUAUGUGUCUGGAGCUUAUGGGAUUCUCUCUUUGAUGUGUGGGGCCAACUGUGGAGAAGUGGUUGGCAAAAAAGCAGAAGUGUGCAGAGACCUUGAAGAAAACAUGAGGCGUGAACUCAGUAAAGUCAGAAAACCCAUGGAAGAGGCUUACCACCUGUUUGAAAAAUGCCUCAAAGAAGGAGUUCAAACAUCCAAAACUUCAUGUGACAAAACCUUGAAGUCCAUCUUAGAACCUAGAAAUGUGCGUGGUGGUGGGUUUCAUAAGACGCUGAAGUCUGUAGUUGAGAACGGGGGCGUCUACAAACCAAAGAAAGGGAAACAAAUAAACAUCAACAUGAAGCUAGCUUCAUAUCUGACCAACAGCAUUGAUGAGGAAUUCAGGAAGACCUUCCCAAAUGAUGUAAAACGUGGACCGAUCAGCAGAGUCAUUGAUACAUUCUCACUUGACACAGAUGAGCUGACUCAAAAGUACAAAGAUGUGGGAUUGCAGCUGAACUUUCUGAAGACAGAGGUAAAGAUAAAACUAGAAUCAACCUGUUCAUUAGUACAUUAGCAAGCAAGCAAGAGA